CGCAGUGUAUUGGCAGCGGUGAGCUGAGGUGGACUUCUUUUACUCGGUCGGCGUGAAAGCAGCGGUACGGUGCAGUAGUUGAAGCUCCACGACCACGAAAUCUGUCAGACAGCCGCCCAGAAACAACUAUGAUCCGAAUAAUCGCCUUCCUCGCCCUACUGGUGGCCGCCUGCUCGGGAGAGAGCUGCACAGACCCAGUGAUCACUCCGGCAGCUUACACCACCUCUGACGCUGUCAUCUCCUCCGAGUCUGUCUUCAUCGUUGAACUCAGCCUGGCCUGUGCCAACGGAGCUCAGAGUGUGACUCUGUAUGCUGAUGUGAAUGGAAGACAGUUCCCAGUGACCAGAGGCCAGGAUGUUGGGAAGUACCAGGUUUCCUGGAGCCUUCCCCACAAACAGGCCAGUUCUGGAACAUAUCAGGUCAAAUUCUUUGACGAGGAGUCCUACAGUUCCCUGCGCAAGGCUCAGAGAAACAAUGAAGAUGUCAACGCCAUCCAGCCUCUCUUCUCUGUCAAUAUUGACCACAGGGGUGCGUGGAGCGGCCCAUGGGUGUCCACUGAGGUGGUGGCUGCCCUCAUCGGUAUCCUGGUCUAUUACAUGGCGUUCACUGCCAAGAGCACCAUCCAAGCAUAAACAGACCCACAAUCACUGGAUGGUUAAAAGACUGAACUGUGGUGGAUCAAUGAUUCGUCAUCCAGUUUUGUGGCGAGCCAACAGGAUUUUUGCCACUCGAUUUGCUUUUGGAUGAGGAAUGAGAGGAGCAGUCUUUGUGUUGUUUUUAUGCAGACCGUGUCUGUAUGCCAUCUGUCUUAUGACUUAACAGUUUCUUCUGAAGUUUGUCCUGUCAGUAUGGAUGGAUGGGAUUUUGUAAUAUUUCUUUGGUGAAACCAUUAAAAAUAAACCUGGACCACAUUAAUAAAUAAAACAAAUGUUAGUUUCCUGUCUUGCAUGAGAGAUGUUGCUAUAUUUUGGACCAAAUUAUCCCUCGGUGUAGAGCGUGGAACACAGUUGUGCUGAACGCCAAUGGAGAAAGGUCAGUACUCCACUAGGAUGGUGUGAACAAGCCAGAUGGAAAAAUCUCUCCAUAAAAUGAAUAAAUGGCUUGUUUUUCUUCA